AUGCAACGCUGCGUGUCAGGACGAGAUAUACCGACCACGGAUGGAUGGACGCUGCAGAGGCGGGAUGGUCGCUUUCCGUUUUAAAACUCCUCACGAUUUCAUCACCACGAAAUAAGAGACUUCCGGUUAGGUUUGUUUAUUUACUUUUUUUUUUAAACAAAUUAAAGCAGAUGUUUUGUUUUAUGAGUGGUUACUCCUAUGUAUGGCGCUGGUGGGAAAAUCGUUUUAAUUGUAAAUAUUGUUCUGAGAUGGGCGACCCCGUAAGGGACAAGCGGUAGAAAAAUUGUUUGAACAAGGAAACGUCAACCACUCAUAAAUCAAACAUAAAACGCAAUACAUUUUCGAGAGAGGAGCGUUUUUUUUUUUUUUUUUGGAAAGCUCUCGCCGCCGCCUUUUAUUUUGAAAGGGCAAAUCACUUCCUUUCCGGCGGGGGUCCACGUCACGUGACAGCAGCUGGUCAGCGCGGCUCGUGCGGCGGACCCGAUCGGAGCUCGCCAGCGGAGACGAGCUGGCCCACACGCCGGAGGACGACGUCGCCCGCCCCGCAGCCUCCCGGACUGACCCCCGCUCCCGCGACAUCUCCUCCCGCCUCCGUGCCGCCGCCGCCGCCGCCGCCGCCGCCGCCGUCCCUGUCCGAGCCGGGUCGUAGCGAAGGGGGGGAGUGGGGGUCCAGCGCGGGGCGAGCGAGCGACCAGCAUGGACCCCCGAGCAGCGACUGAGCGCCCCGGUGGUGCCGACGGCGGAGAGUCGGAGUCCGCAGCCGGCUCGGAGGAGGCUGCGGCGGGCUGCGGCAGCGACACGUUCAGCAGCCUGCCCGACAUGGACCAGGAGAGCCUGGAGGAGAAGCUGCGGGGACUGGCCUUCCGGAAACAGACGUCGUAUCGGAAGGCCAUCUCUCGCUCAGGCCUGCAGCACCUGGGCCCGGCCCAGCACGCCCUGCCUCCCGCCUCCAACGGGCCCAACAAGGAGCUGAGGACCUGCGUGGACUGGACGGAGAACGCGGUGAACGGGGAUCACCUGUGGAUGGAGACCAGCUGCUCAGGGGAGCUGUGCUACCUGGGAGAGGACGCCUGCCUCCUGAAGGCGGCGAAGUCGGCCCCCAGGAAGAAAUGUGCCGCCUGCAAGAUCGUGGUUCACACGGGCUGCAUGGAACAGCUCGAGAAGAUCAACUUCAGGUGCAAGCCAACUUUCAGAGAGGGAGGAUCACGUUGCCUCAGAGAUCAGAACGUGUUGAGACAUCACUGGGUGCACAGAAGAAGGCAGGAGGGCAAGUGCAAACAGUGUGGAAAGAGUUUCCAGCAGAAGUUUUUCCACAGUAAAGAAAUCAUCGCCAUCAGCUGUUCUUGGUGCAAACAAGCUUUCCACAACAAGGUGACGUGUUUCAUGCUGCACCAGAUCGAGGAGCCAUGUUCACUCGGGGCGCACGCCGGCGUCAUCGUGCCGCCGUCGUGGAUCAUCAAAGUCAGGAAACCACAGAACUCACUGAAGAACUCGGCCAGAAGAAAAAAGCGGACGUCCUUUAAGCGCAGGACCAGCAAGAAGGGACUGGACGAAUCCAAAUGGCGGCCGUUCAUGCUGAAGCCCCUCCCCUGCCCCCUCAUGAAGCCCAUCCUGGUCUUUGUCAAUCCAAAGAGUGGAGGCAAUCAGGGCGCCAAAGUGCUCCAGAUGUUCAUGUGGAUCUUGAACCCGCGGCAAGUCUUUGACCUGUCUCAGGGCGGCCUUCGAGAGGCGUUGGAGUUGUAUCGGAAAGUGCCAAACCUGAGGAUCCUCGCCUGCGGAGGAGACGGCACGGUGGGAUGGAUCCUGUCCACGUUGGACGAGCUACAGAUGACCCCCCAGCCACCGGUGGCCGUACUUCCUCUGGGAACAGGAAAUGACCUCGCCAGGACGCUCAACUGGGGUGGGGGCUACACGGACGAGCCGGUGUCCAAGGUCCUGUGUCACGUGGAGGACGGCUCGGUGGUGCAGCUGGACAGGUGGAACCUCCACGUGGAGAAGAGCGCCGUCCAGCCAGAGGACGGCACGCAGAAGCUGCCUCUAAACGUGUUCAACAACUACUUCAGCCUGGGCUUCGACGCUCACGUCACCCUGGAGUUCCACGAGUCCAGAGAGGCCAACCCGGAAAAGUUUAAUAGUCGCUUCCGCAACAAGAUGUUCUAUGCAGGAGCCGCCUUCUCGGAUUUCCUCCAGAGGAGCUCGAGGGACUUGUCCAAGCACGUCCGAGUGGUGUGUGACGGCACAGACCUGACUACAAAGAUCCAGGAGCUGAAAUUCCAGUGCAUUGUGUUUCUCAACAUUCCCAGAUACUGCGCGGGCACCAUGCCGUGGGGGAACACGGGCGACCACCGCGACUUUGAGCCGCAGCGCCACGACGACGGCUGCAUCGAGGUCAUCGGCUUCACCAUGGCCUCACUGGCGGCGCUACAAGUGGGCGGCCACGGCGAGAGGCUGCACCAGUGCCGGGAGGUGAUCCUCACCACGUACAAGACCGUGCCUGUUCAGGUGGACGGCGAGCCCUGCCGGCUGGCUCCGUCCACGCUCCGCAUCUCGCUGCGCAACCAGGCCAACAUGGUGCAGAAGAGCAAGAGGCGCACCUCUGUGCCCCUACUCAACGAUAUUCAGAAGGUGUGUGCAGCUGAUCUGCGCCGCCUCUCUGCUCCCCCUGACUCCUUCUCUGUUCCGCACGCCGUCCCGGAUCGCCUCCGCCUGCGAGUGAAUCGGAUCAGCCUGCAGGAGUACGACAGGCUGCAGUACGACAAAGAGCGCCUGCGAGACAUCUCUAUCCCGGUAGGAAUCGUGGUGGUGAGAGGCGACUGUGACCUGGAGACGUGUCGGCUCUACAUCGACAGGCUGCAGGAGGAUUUGCACCAGGCGCCCUCUGGAGGUCACAGAGUGCACUACCAGGAUGAGAGCAGAGGCGUCCUCAGGUUCACGGCCACCGGCAGACUGUCUUCCAACUGGAGCUUCUUAGAUUGUGAGUCGAGGCAGAAGGCCUCCACCUUUGACCUCCACGCUAACCUUGGUUGUCCUUCGUGGUCCGCAGCGACGUCGGCCGACCGCUUCUAUCGCAUCGACAAGGCUCAGGAGCACCUCCACUUCGUCACAGAGAUCUGCCAGGACGAGGUCUUCAUCCUGGACCAGGAGGUUCCUGCAGGAGGCCACGGCUCGUCCACGGGGAUGCCCGACCUGGUGGUGGAGCCCAGUGCUGGUGCUCCUCUGACGCCUGAGGAACAAGCUUUGUUGGCAGCUGCCAGCUCAGGGGACAUCUCCAUGUUGUCAGAGUGUGUGUAUCGUGGCGUCAGCCUGCUGGUGCGUGACGCUGGAGGUUGCUCGGCGCUGCACAAAGCUUCUCAGAAGGGACACGCCCAGCUGGUGGUCUUCAUCCUGCAGCAGGGAUCCAAAGUGCUUCUUGACCUGCCCGACAGAGAAAAAGGGGACACCGCUUUGCACAAAGCCGCCUUGGAGAAGCAGCAUGCAGUGUGUCGACUGCUAGUGGAGGCAGGAGCAUCGCUGGAGAAAACCAACUUUCAGGGGAAGACGCCAGUGGACCAAGCGGAGGGAGACUCUGAGCUGACCUCCUACCUGAGCAGCCAAAAAACCUCCUCGCCGCCCCACGAGGACUUGGAAACAGCAGUCUGACACACACUUACACACACACUUACAUACUGACACACGCACACACUUAUGUACUGACACACUCUCACGCUGACACUGUGCAUCAAAAAGCGAAGGGGCGUGUCUCAGUCCACAGCAGCGGCGGACAAUCUUUGAUUUGCUCAGCUAUUUAUUUCUAUUUAUUUAUUCCUAAUUGUAUUUAUUGGCGGCGGUGCUGUCGGAGCGAAAGUGCACUUUGUCCAGGUGGGGACCGGAAGUGUGUUUCAGGACGUUCACGCUUUACGUUCAGCCCAUCAAACCUUUUGUGCCAAAGACGUGACGCGGGUGUCACUUCUCCGUCGUCUUGCUCUCCUAGGAAAACCAUGGCUUUGAAUACCAAAUGUAUGCUUAUGUCACGCUGGCUGUCACCUCGUACCAGUCCACACGCUUCUUGAUUGGCUUCUCAUUUCUUGUAAAGCAAACUAUCAGUGCCCCCUUGUGGCUGAUUGCAUGAACCCCGCCUCUUCCACGCCCAGUGACGUCAUUUGGGAGAAAGCAUGGUGUCAUAGCAAGGCCAAAAUCACACAGGAAAAACAUUCUGCGCUCGCUUGGCUUUUGUGCACACGUUCCUUUGUCUUGGAACAUAGGGCGGGCCUUAGAUACACAGCCCUCCUUUCUGAUUGGUCACUUUAACCCUCGUGCAACUUUUACAUUGACUACAUACACACUUACUACUCUUCGGGUCCGAAAGGGACCCCACACAUAAAAGUAUAUAAAACCAGCCCCAGCUGGGCAAUCUACUCACUUGCCGCUGGCUUCGAGGCCGGCCCUUACACACCCCGCUCCGCGGCAGGCCUGCAGGCCACGCCCCCCUCCACAGUACUGUACUGUGAAAUCUACUAAUAAAAGUUUAAAUCAAUCAAAAUUUUCACCCCUGGUGGUGAGAUCUAUCAAAAUGAGGGUGGUCCUAAAAAGGAGGGAUUUUUCAAAUUGACUGUGUGUCGCUUUUAAAAGUGCUCCCCCUCGGGUCAACGUAUGAAAUAACAAGUGUGUGUAAAAAUUUGAAGUGCUCCCCCUCUGGCCAACAUAAAAUAACAAUUUUGUGUAAAAAUUUGAAGUGCUCCCCCUCUGGUCAACAUAUGAAAUAACAAAUGUGUGUAAAAAUUUGAAGUGGUCCCCCUCUGGUCAACAUAUGAAAAGCAAGUGUGUGUAAAAAUUUGAAGUGCUCCCCCUAUGGCCAACAUAUGUAAUAAGUGUGUGUAAGAAAUUGAAAUGUUCCCCUUUUGGCCACAAUUAAUUAAAAAAAAAAAAAAAAUUAUAUAUUGGUCACUUUAACCCUGGCGCAAUUUUUUUUUUUUUACAUUGACUAUACACACUUACUACUCUUCAAGUCCGAAAGGGACCACACACAUAAAAGUAUAUAAAAUAAAAAUGUAAUAUUUUUUAUUUUACUUUAAUAAUAAUAUAUUUUAUUUGUAAAAAGCACUUUACA